AUGGCGAGUGGAUCUGACAUUAGUGUUUUGGAGGAGAAAUUCAAUCAGUUCUGCGAUAUUGUGAGAAAGGGUUCGACAACUGCAACGGAUAAAACAAUUAAGCGCAUUUGUACCGAUGCUGGAUUAUAUUCCAAAAAUAUGGAUGCUAAUAGGGUGGAUAUUGAAUUCAGAGGCUUUGUCGGCAAUGCAAAAAAAGAUGUGGAUUUCAAAGGCUUCGUGGAAUUCCUUGAAGGUCGGUUAGCGAAGUCCUAUGCCGCUUCGAAAGGAAUCGAGGACCAAGCAGAGGCCGCCUCUGAACUGAAAGCGAAAAUUGAAAACUCAACUCCAAAACUCCAUGGUGCUACUAAAACAAGCACAGAUGCCACCACCGCUCGGUUAACGGAUGUUAAAGGCUACACAGGCUCUGCGAAGGAGCGUUUUGAUCCUUCUACGGGCAAGGGAAAAGGAAAAGCCGGCCGCGAAGAUCCCCCACCGGCUUUCACCGCGACGGGUAUUUCAGCUCCUAGGAAAUAG